AUGGAUGAUGACUGUAUGAAGUGGAAGAGUGACCGUCGCUACAGCCUACACCUUCUGGAGUGCGGACAACAUUCCUUGUACUGUAUGUCACAUCGUGGCAACGAAAAGGCAGCUCCCGAGCCCAAAGUUGUAGUUACUCCCAGCAACAAAAAUAAUGAAAACGACAUACCGUCUCCUUUGAACAUACCGCCUCCUUUGAAUAAUGAUGCAUCAUCCUCAAAAUCACCAACAAUUACUAGUGUUACAGAAUUGGCAUGCUUUCAUGAGAGCAUCAAUGAAGGAGACACAGUGGAAAGCUUCAAAAGUGUAAUUUCUCCCGGUGUUUUUGUCUCUGAAAUGCCUCGGCCUAGAUUCUGUGUAAUCAUGAUUUCAAAGGAGAGCAACCCCAACUGUUUGGUUAAUCAUGUAGAAAAGCUCGGAGAGAGGGUUAACGUGACAAAGAUCCAGAUCAUGAGACCAAACUCCAUGAGUAAAUACUGUUCUGUACUUGACGAAUUUGGCCUAGAUAGUAGUAUGCUUAACAAUCUCAUGGAGGUGUCUGGAUCAACAUGUGCCGAAUUUGUUGUUGAUUGUGGUGAAGAUAGGGAUCGUGAAUAUGGUGAUUCCCCUACUCUUGAUGUUAAGAAAAGAAAGAAGAGCCAGGCUCUCGCUGCCAGAAGAAAGGAAAUUUUUGAUGACUCUCACAUACCAGAUCAGGCUGUACUACGCCAUAGUGCCAGAGCAACAACUUGUAGUCAUUGGGCCAAUGUGAAUCUUCUAUCCACAGGAGAUGAAAAAGUAGCAGUAGGAAUUCUCAAGCAGGAGAUUAUUAGAGCUGCAAAGAGUGAAGCUGAAGCUAGAUGA